CCUCUCCCCGCUUCUCCCGAAAUACCGGCACCUGCUUUGCUUUUACAGUGGACUGAUAAUCGUACUUUAUGUUUGCAGGUCCACAAUGAAGCUGCAGUUCUUGUUGGUGGUUGCCCUCGUGGCGCUGCUGGUGGCUGACGUCAGUGCCGCCGAGAAAGUGCGCAAACACAAGAAGGGCAGGAAGCACCGCCUGAGCACCACCACGACGGAGCAGCCCGCCGAGGCCGUGGUGGCCGCGCAGGCCGAGCAGGAUGUGAUGACCAUCCUCGCCGAGGACGAGAAGGAGGAGGAGAAGGAGGCCAGCGAGCAAAAAGCUGAGGAGGACGUCAAGAUGAACGAGAUCGUCCCCCAUGAUCCAUGCCAAGAGAAGUACUGCGGAGCUGGUAAAGUGUGCCAGGUGUCAGCAUCUGGUGAGCCUGAAUGUGUCUGCAUUCCUAGCUGCCCCAUUGAAGUUGACCCACGCAGAAAGGUGUGCUCCAAUCAUAAUGAAACUUGGGGAUCUGACUGUGAAAUCUACCAGAUGCGCUGCAUGUGCGACCAUGGAAGUGAGAUGUGCAAGGGUGAAAAGUACAAGCACGUCCACAUUGAGUAUUAUGGAGUGUGCAGAGAGAUGAGAGAGUGCUCUGAGGAAGACAUGUCUGACUUCCCUCGUCGCAUGAGGGACUGGCUGUUCAACGUCAUGAGGGAUUUGGCUGACCGUGAUGAGCUCUCCCCAUACUUCCUGAAACUUGAACGUGAAGCUGAAACAAAUCUAACCCGACGUUGGACCAAUGCUGCCAUUUGGAAGUGGUGUGAUUUGGAUGGUCAUCCUGCUGAUAGAUCUGUCUCUCGGCACGAACUCUUCCCAAUCCGCGCCCCUCUCAUGGCUUUGGAGCACUGCAUCGCUCCUUUCCUCAACAAGUGUGACGCAGAUGAUGACCAUUUGAUCACUCUCAAGGAGUGGGGCAAGUGCCUCGAGCUUGAUGAGGAGGAUAUCGAGGAGAAAUGUGAUGAAGUACGUGGAGAAGAGGAAUAAAAAAUAUCAACCUGCCUUAGAGAAGGCUGUAAUUUCCAACUUCAUUAUGUGCCAUCUUUCUACAUCACCAAGUCCGAGUGAUGAGGACAACAACUGUUCACUGCCAUUAAUUUAUUCAGUGUUGUAAACCCUUAUGAAAUUUAAGUAAAAUAAAUUGUCAAGUUAUUUGUGAGAU